UGCACUUCAAUUUGGAGGACAGCCAUUUGCUAUUCUUAAAACUCUGCUCUGUGGUUCAGUGUUGAGAGGGGGAGAGAUCUCCGUUCUCCCUCUGUUGCCAGUGGCUUUGUCUGGUAACAUGGUUUUUGUUGUCGUUUCCAUCGAGCCUGCAUGAAAGUGAAGGUACUUGAUUAGUAAGUGAAACAUUUUUUUUUUGCUGUUUGCGAGGAGGUUUGCUGUGAAUCAGUCAUGAGCUCCAGCCUUGUCAACUCUUUAGCCAAAGUCUAUGAUCCAAAUCCUCUUCACGCUCAGAAGCCUGGUGGAAGGAAGCUCUCGCUCAAUGGAUCAGACAAGUCCCAAGCUUCUUCAUCGUCACCUUCCUCCCCUCAUGAUGCCGCCCUGCGCUUCGUGGAGAGCCGAAUGGACUCACUGAGCUCUCAGAUGGAGUGUUUGCUCAACAUGCAGCAUACCGUCCUGACCCGGCUGGAUGGCUUGUCCCAGGACGUCAGGGUUAUGGGUCAGGAUCUGGCCUCUAUGCGUGAAGAUGGCCAUGGGGGGAGACACGGGUCCGGGGUGGAGGCGGCAUGCAGGGAGCUGCUUGGGGCCGCAGAGAGGGCCAGCAAGCGGAUGGAGAGUCAGGGACGCAGGCUGGAAGGGGUGGAGAGGCUGAUGGAGGGCACCCAGCAGGUGAUCAGCUUCAUUGGGGAGGUGGUGAAGAGCUCCAGGCUGGUGGAGCUGCUGUUUAAACAACCUGGAAAGAAGGCUAAGAAGAAGGCAAAGGAUGACAAGGAGAAAGCCAAACUGAGCCUGAAGGGCUUAAAGGCCCAGAAGAAGAGGAGACCUGCAGACACAUCAGACACUUCCUCACUGAAUGAGCCAGUGCUUCAGGAACAGGUGGAAAAGCUCAACAGGCAGAACACUGAACACUCCCAUGGAAAAGCAGAGGCUGACAAUCAGAGGAAGGAGGAGAGAGGAAGCGGAGAACAAAGACAGGAGUCGGCGGAGCUGAUCCUGGAUGGACCACACACCUCUGCUGCCCAGUCAGAGGACAGGAAGGAGCCAACUAAGGAGAAGGAGGAGGAAGAGGAGGAGGGCAUCUUUGAGGACUCAGAGUCUGAGCAUGAACAGGGGAAGGCAGAAGAUGUUCGUCCAGCACAGGCUGGCAAAGUGGAGGAUGAUGGGAAGAAAAAGCAUAAAGGAGAGGCAGAAGAGUCGUCACAAUCAGACAACGCCCUAAAUGUCAAUGCAGAAAUCAGCAAGACCUCUCUCCUAUCACAGGAAAGCUCUGAGGAGGUGGGCGAUGUGGCCACAUGCAGCAAACGCCGUGUCACAGAAGAAGAGUCGGUGAAGGACGACCUGAAAAAGAGCAGAGUGGAAGACGGUGAAGUGAAAAAUGCUGAUGGGAAGGUGGUGGAGGGGCGCGAGCCUCAGGCCUCCAAAUCUGAUGAAGGAAAGACAGAGGUGGAAGAGGAAGGGAAGGAGGAAGAGUCAGCUGUGAAGGAGUUUAUAAUUGACUCAAGCCCCCCGCCGUUAGCACCUUUCGACCACCGCAUCGUGACUCCCAAACCCCAUCAGAUAGCCAGCUAUUACACUAUCAACAGAGACGAGGUCCUGGGAGGGGGACGUUUUGGACAAGUCCACAAGUGCAUAGAGAACUCAUCCGGUCUGAUGUUGGCUGCCAAGAUCAUCAAAGCCAGGAGCCAGAAAGAGAAGGACGUGGUGAGGAAUGAGAUGCAGGUGAUGAACCAGCUAAACCACGCCAACCUCAUCCAGCUGUAUGCCGCCUUCGAGUCGCGUCACGACAUCAUCCUGGUCAUGGAAUAUGUGGAGGGAGGAGAGCUGUUUGACCGCAUCAUUGAUGAGAACUACAACUUGACAGAGUUGGACACAGUGCUGUUCAUACGCCAGAUCUGUGAAGGGCUGCAGUACAUGCAUAAGAUGUACAUCCUGCAUCUCGACCUUAAGCCGGAGAACAUUCUUUGUGUCAGCAGAGUGACUAACAAGAUUAAAAUCAUAGACUUUGGACUGGCCAGAAGGUACAAACCCAGAGAGAAGCUCAGGGUCAACUUUGGAACGCCUGAAUUUUUAGCUCCUGAGGUCAUCAACUACGAGUUUGUUUCAUUCCCCACAGACAUGUGGAGCCUUGGCGUCAUCACUUACAUGCUGCUCAGUGGCUUGUCUCCGUUUCUAGGGGACGAUGACAACGAGACACUGAACAACAUCCUGGCCUGUCAGUGGAACUUUGAGGAAGAAGAGUUUGCGGACAUCUCGGAUGAAGCCAAAGACUUCAUCACCCUUCUGCUGGUGAAGAGUAAGAGCUGGAGGAUGAGCGCAGCAGAGUCCCUCAGACACCCCUGGCUGUCAGACCGAGGUCUGCACUAUCGACUCAACCAGAAGAAAAACAAGUGCCACUCCACACAUGCUCCCUCUCCAGAGAGCCAGACAGAAAAACUGUAAUGCCCUCAGCAUGCCUUUUGAUGAUGUAGAUCCCUGGAGCUCAACACUGGACCAAUGCUGCUGUACCUGUAUGGCUACUGGAUAACUACUCUUGCAUCCUCAUGUUAGCUUAGCUCAACAGCUUGAAGUUCUGACCUGAAUAGUGUGAUCGGGCCCGCAGGAGAAAAACAGACUUUUUUUUUAACGCUGCCGUCGAGGCACAAACCAUCUGCAAGCAUGCUUACUGUCCUGUAGAG